GUGCAUCUCGGCCCUCCCCUUCAGUUUCUACGUACGCCACGGAAAAAUGAGGAUACUGUCAUCGUGACCCGUUCUUCUGACAUCACAUCUAUGUUCUACCGCACUGGCGACUACGGCUAAACUGACCUUAACAAUCAUCCAUUGAUUUACCCAUUUCCCUCGCCACACGUAUAUCGUGCGCCGCUGUAGCUAAUGUCUGCUGUUCAGGAUCAGCAUGAGUUGACGACAAUGACACCGACGCCGAGUCAGGCCCAUGCGCUUGCACUUGUGGAGCGAAUUGAGGGCUGCAUGAGUCUCGUCGCUGUGUUUCUCAUCUUUAUUACGUACGGCCUCGUGGCGCGACUGCGGAACCCCCGGAAUACCUUCAUUGUCAUGGCGAGUAUCGCCAACCUCGGCUCGAGCAUCGCUUGCAUCAUUGCGAGGGAUGGACUCGCGGCUGGGGAAGACUCUGCGCUCUGUAAAACACAGGCGUUUCUACUUCAAAUGUUCGGGCAGUCCGAUCCGUGGUGGGCUUUUGGACUGUCCCUCAACACUCUCCUCGUUGUCCUGGGCCGUACAAACCCCCAUACGUUCCACGCGUUGCAAUACUGUCUCGUCUGCUUUGGAGGGCCAUUUACCAUCGCUUUUACGCUGCUUUUUAUUUCAACACCAGCUCGUGGACCUAUUUAUGGCCAAGCAUACGUUUGGUGCAGUGUUAGUGAUAAUUGGUCAAACGUUCGCGUCUUUUCUUCAUAUAUCUUCGUAUGGACUUGUAUCGUUGGUUCUGUCGUCCUGAAUAUCAUUGUUGGCUACCGCAUCUUCCACUCACGGAAUCGAAUCCGGCAUCUGUGGAAUUCAAUAGACUCAACGAAGACUGCCACGCGCAACGCCGAGAACGCUGCAUAUCCAGUGCUUGUCGCGGAAGACUUUGUCACCCUCGCGCCAGUUCCCUAUGUUUCGCUGCCUGUGCCGUUACACACGCGGCCUACGUUAGGAGUUCUGGAAGCCUCAAUACACGAGACAGCGGAUCACUGCCUACCGACAAUCACUUCGAACAAACCUCGUCAUUCGACUCCACGAAAACGCCGAGUACAUCACACCAUAAUGGUAACCAGGAGGGUAUUAUCAAAAUACCGUCUUGAGGACCCUGUAAAGAGGGUAUAUCUACGCGCCACAUUCCUCUUCACUUUCAGCGUCGUCGUCUCGUGGACGCCAGCAACCAUUAACCGCUUUCAUAGCUUCAAAUACGGGUACUCCUCAUUCCCGUACCAAAUUGCGACUGUGUCCCUUCUACCACUCCAAGGUGUCUGGAAUGCCAUUAUUUUCUUUGUGACUAGCCAUAAAAUUAUGGAGGUCUGGGCGCAGGAUCAAAGGGCUCUGAGGGUUUCCAGGCCGAGUGUUGCUACAGAGGAGGCGGUGAUAAGGAGACCUGACAGAGGCCCGAAUGUGGGUUUAUCUAUGCUGGAUUGAGUGGUCCAUGUUCACAUGUCCGUUACGAAAGACUCAGAAAGGACGUUUUGACGUACUAAAUCUCGACCACAGCAAUGCAGAGAGUAAAAGAUAUACCAGAUAAUAGAGAAAGGUUUUCUAAGUUAAUUUCUAUCAACGAAAUGGAUUUUAUCUAUCCAAGGCGAUCUAUAUCUGCCGAAAAGACGA